AUGGACCUGCUCCAUGGUGGCCAUAUAAAUAACGAUGGGGAUGAUGACAGUGGUGGUGGUGAUGAUGGUGAUGAUAAUAGUGGCAGUGCUGGUGAUGACGGUAAUGGUACAGACCACCAUCAUGGCGAUGGUCAUUGUAAGUGUGGUAAUGGUGGUGACAAUGGUGAUGGCGAUGGUGAUGAUAGUGAUGGUGGUGGCGAUGGUGGUGGUGAUGACAAAUGUGAGUUUGCCCUGUUCCUGACUUGGCUCCCUCUUCCCCAGGUGAACCUGUACUCAGACCCGCCCCAGCCCAGCCACAGCAUCCACCUGGGGGUGGUGCCCCAGGGGACCAAGGUCUUAUCCUUCACCAUUCCACGGCCCCACUCUGCAGAGUGGUGGCCCAGCGCCACCCAGAACCCCCACGCCUCUGCAGCCACAGGGCGGCUGUCAGCACGAGGAGAUCUGAGCCCCUCCUCGCCCCCCAGCAUGCCCACCUCAGGGUGGCUUCCAGACAGCCAGGGCACCACCAUCGACCAACCUUCUGCAGAGUGGACCCAGGCACUGGCUUCUCAGGCCAGCCAACUCCUGGCCAAGGUGAAAUCUUUUGAAGGACUGAUGCAGGCGGAAUGCCUCACACCCCAGGACCAACUCCAGAGCUUCCAGCAGCUGAGGGCUACCCACGCUGCCCUAGAGGACAACUACCUGCAGGCCUACAGGGGGCAGCACCUGGCCCCGCAGCAUGUGGGUCCCAAGAGGAUGCCUGGGGACGCUGACCCCUGCAGGGAGCUGGAGGCAGAGAUAAACCAGCUGGGAAUUCGUCUAGAGGAACUGAAGGACCACAUGGACAGGACCCAGCGAGAGCCUGAGCCACCUGGGCCAAACCUACCUUGGGACAGUGGUCCAGCCAUGUCCCUCCCCAACCAGCCAGCAUGCCUGCCCACCAUACCAGCCAUCCAGACCUUGUAUCCUCAGCCUGCCACCACUGUCCCUGCCAGCCCAUGCAUGCUGAAUGUGGAGGUGAGCCCCCACAGCAGUGGGACAGUGAGCAGCCCGCUGGAUGUCCCCGGCCCACUCAGGGAUAAGGAGCUGCAGAUGGAGCAGGAUUUCCAUGGCCUCCUGGAUCGGUACAUCAGCGCGAAGUCCCUCCCAGAAGCCUUGAGGAUGGAGGAGAAGGAGGAAGAGGAGGAGGAGGCAGAGGAGGAAGAGAAGGAGGGAGAGAAUUGCCACAUCCUGGAAGUGGACGGGCCAGCCUCAGCUCCCGGGAGAGCAGGUGCCGCUAGGGUGCCCCCAAGGCAGCACCCAGCGCAGGCUGAAAGAAGCCAUAGGGCCCCUCUCCAGGAGGCCAUGGAGCCACCAGCCUUCCAGACAUCUGUGACCAGUGACAGGUACAUGCCGGGCCGGGGCAAGGCUGAGGCAGCUCCUUCGGGUCCUGGCAUCCUAUCCAACCCUCCAGACCCCAAGUCCACAGCAUCCCAUCAGAGCAGUAUGACCAGCCUGGAGGGAAGCAGCACCUUGGAGCACCUUCCACACAAGUCUCCACGCUGUGCUGGAGGGCCCCAUGUGGAGGAGCCCUGGAUGGCCUCCCCAGAGACAGACAGUGGCUUCGUGGGCUCAGAAACCAGCAGAGUGUCACCUCUCACCCAGACCCCAGAGCACCGGCUCUCCCACAUCAGCACUCCAGGAAGGUCAACCCAGUGCUUCACUGCAUCCGCACCCCACGAAGGAGCCUCCCACCCCAAGGCCAGAGAUCUUGUGGUCCCCAAAAGAGCUGCUGAGCCCAGCACACCCAGGAGCCGAGCCCAGAGGCACCUGUCCACCCUGAGCAGCCCUCUCCGGCAGGGAACCCCCGUCUCCCGCCUGGAGCGGACACUGGCAGCUGACAUGGUGGUCCCCAGCUCAGAGCUCAAGGGGCAGAAGCGGAUUUCUGAGAAGCUCCUUCCGGGCAGGACGAUCAGCCCAGCCCCCACCCCAGUCCCUGCAGCUGCCUCCCUGCCCCAUGGACCAGCCGAGAGCACCCCCAACCUCUUCGUCACCAGGACAGGGCGUGACCAGGCCAUCCGAGAUCUGCAAGCAGAGGUUUCCCGGCUCCGUCUACGGCUGGAGGACAGCCUGCACCAGCCAUGCCAGGGCAGCCCGAUAUGUUCAACGUCUGCCUUUGACCGCUCUGCCCGGAGCCGGGACCGACCAAUGGAUUCCUCAGUCACCUGGGGCUCUCACUGUGGCAGUAAAUCCACAGAGAGGUUGUCCAGAGAGCCUGAAGGUGCAGAGCCAGCUGUGCCCAGAGGACGACAGCGAGCCAGGUCCUCCUCAGUGCCUCGGGAGGUGCCCCAACUGUCCCUAAGUUCAGAAUCUGAGUCACUCUCCCCCCAGCUGUCAUCUGAGAAGAGCAGAAUCCCCAAGGACCAUCCCUGGGCAGCACGGGAUGGGACAAGAGGAGCAGGCAGUGGCAAACGAUCGGACAGAGUCUCCUUCCGGGGCCAAUACACAGGCCAGGAAUACCAUGUUCUGUCCCCCAAGGCUGUCCAAAAGGACAGUAAUACAGCCUCCUGUCCCCACUGCCAGCCCAUUAGGGUGCAGGAUUCAGGUAAUGCUGCCAAGGACCCACUGGAACCACCUGCCACCAAUGCCCUCUGCUGUCCCCUGUGUGGUCAAGUCGGGUCCCCUGCAGAGGGAGAUGGCCCCGGCUCUGUCCCCUCUGGGACAGAAAAGGCCUCCCCAAGGAGAAACGCACCUCCCACCUCUAGCCCCAAGCAGAAAAGCAGGCGGGCAGGUUCACCAGCACAGCCACCACCUGGACUGUGGUAUCUGGCAGCUGUGCCCCCAGCUCCAGCUCCUCCAGCCUGUGCCUACAUCUCCUCGGUUCCCGUCAUGCCUUAUCCCUCAGCUACUGUGUACUAUGUGCCCCCAGCACCUACCUCAGCCCCUGCAGCCUCCCCGCGGCCAGCCCAGAGACACAGGCACUCCAUCCAGCUGAACCUGGACGAGCUGGAUGAGCUGCAGGCGGCCCUGAGCCAGGCUGCACGGGCAGCCGAGAGCGUGCGCUCCACCACACGCCAGAUGAGACGUUCACUGGCCGCUGACCUGCGCCAGGCCCGUGACCUGCGGGGCUCCUGCCUCUUCUGACUCCUGGAAGCUCCAAGACAGGGUGACAGCAGGCAGACAGCCCUUACUGUCCCCAGGUCAGGCAUCGGCUACAGCCACUGAAACCUAGAGGACCCCACAGCCCCCUCCCCAGGAGAGCCAACUGCCUGCUCUGUCUGAUGUGUCAGCCUGGUGACCAAGUGGGGUAACUUCAGGGGACCCAGCCCUGUCCAACAGGUGCUGUGAGCAAGAGCACCUGUGUCCAGGUGGAGCUCUGGGACUGUCUGCUCCUGCAUUUGUUCACCGCCAGCUAAUAAUAUGUAUCUUGUAGACUGAUGGACAGAAUGUCUCUGUACUAGGGAGUUAUCCUGGUGUCAAAUCCUCUUGGAAAGGCCAGGGAAGAAGGGAAAGGCCGGGGUCGUUCCAGCAAGCCUGCACUCCUCUAUGUAUGACAGGCCACUCAUUCCUGGGAAGGGCCUGGCCAGAGACCUUGCUUCCGGUGACUGGUGCACAGGGAGUCAUUUGGGGACUAGUGGGGCAUCUAGGGUUGGGGGCCUCCUGGGGUGACAUGUGCCCAGCUCCUCCAUGGUUGUGGGGGCCUUUCCCAUAGCCCAUGGGAUGGAGGAAACCCAGGGGAGCAGGAAGCUAUCUACUUUGGGCUCUCUCAGUACCUCAUCCCAAGGCCCGGGCUCUUCCCAGGAAUCCUAGUGGCCAGCUUCCAGCCAGGAGCCAUAAGGCCCGGUUGUCUCCUGCUCCCCUACUCCUGGCAGCAAGUACCUCAGCAUUUCUGGAAUGUGUGUGUGUAUCACAGAUGUUUGUAUAUUUGAGGCAUUUAAAAAUCUAUUUUUGUUACAAAAGCAAAUGAAGAAGAAUGAAUAAUGAUCUAUAAAAACAGAAAAGACAAGAAAAAACAAUUCCCAAAGCUGCCUGUGUCUGUGAUAAUAUGUGUCAGGGAAAACUUGAUACCCUCCCAACUCCCCCAGAGGGAACCUGUUGAGUGUACAUUUCUGGGCUCUGCCUGCCUCUGCUGGCUUCUAUUUCUCCACUGUUCCCUCUCCCUAUCUCAGAACAUAAAUCUUUCUGUCUGGCCAAGAACCCUUGUACUGAGGCCAAAGAUGUGUGAGCCACACAGCAGGUUGGUGUUUGCCAAAGCUCAUGCCUGGUUCUUCCCCGAGUUCCUUCCAUAGCCAGCUCCAGCUGUCUCAUGGAGCACCCAUGGGCCCUGUACCCUGAGCUCCACACUCAGUGCGUCCUUCUGCAUG